AUGGCAGAGAUUCUUGGGGUCGCGGCGUCGGCGAGCCAGCUUGGUUUAGCAUGCUUUUCUCUGAUAGAUGUCAUGAGGAAGAUAAAAGGGGGAGCGUCGACGCUGAAAAGAUAUCAUGAGCAGCUCCAAGAACUUCAGAGACUUUCUACUAGCAUCUCUGAGAACCCUCUUCUCCAGACCCCUGAGAUAGGGACGCAGACCGACGCUCUUCUUUUUAUCAUUAACAAUAACUGUUUGAACUCUUUACUCCGAAAAAGCAGAGUCCUUCGUACUUGGGGCUUCCUAUACAGAGAGCAAGAUCUUCUUGAUAUCUUUGUCAGACUUGAACGACAAAAGGGCAACCUUUCUCUAGCUAUUGAGCAGAUACAAUCCAAAACCUUGUAUCAAAUACAGACAGACAUACAAGCCAUGGCUGAAAAGAAGUCUUCAGAUGUUCCGGCUCCUGAAUCUCCAUUCGGGAAUUUUCCGGCUCCCUUGAUCGAGGACGAAUUCACAGUCUUCUCCCGCAAUCAGAACACUCCUGGCCCGGCGUCCAGCAUUCGUUAUUACAAUGAUUUUGUCAGCUCGCUCCUAGUUUCCACCAUGUCCACCCAAGCCUUUCCGAACCAACCUCCUGCAUUUCACGGUAACGCUGCGACCCUAGGCCCGAACGAUUCUUCCACUUCCGACCCCGUGCAGCCGAAUGAGCACAAGCCUGAUCCCAAAGGCCAGAAUAUCAACAAUGCGCUCGCAGGUGCCGGAUUUCAUCAACAUAAUGGACGAGUAAUCCAAGUCGAUGAUGAGAAGGCAGCAGAGCGGACUGCAGACAAUCUACGCAAGACGAAGCCCAUAACCUACAACAACUCGAUCAAACUUGGGUACGGUGACCAACACAAUGGCAACAUCAUUGAGUACGAGAGUAGAACUGACUACGUCAUGCCCGAUUCGAGCGGAGACACAUGGAACAAUCCGAUGGCGUUGUUCUGGCUUUCUGAGGGCUCAAAGCCUGUCAUCUAUGGAACUCAGCAUAAUGGGCCAAUCAUGCGAACCAAGAAAUAG